AUGCUCGGUACUAUCCUAAUUCUUAUCGGCGCCAUCUUCGUCGCAACUAAGCUAUACCAGCUUGCAUGCUGGGUACGCUUCUACUUCAUGUUGCCCCCACCAGAGCAACUUAGAAGGAAAUAUGAGGAGCCUGGCAAACGACCCUUCGCAAUGGUUAGUGGUGCCACUGGUGGUAUUGGCUUUGGUUUUGCUCAUACUCUUGCCUUGCGGGGAUUCGGUGUAGUCCUCGCCAGUCGUAGCGAGUCCAAAUUGGAGGAGUGUGCGAAGAAGAUCCAAGAUGACGUUAAGGCUAAGGGGAAGGGCCCAGCUGAGAUCAUUACUGUUGUUUGUGAUUUUGCUACACCUACCGAGAAGUGGCUACCUGCUCUGGUUAAGGCCUGCGAGGGUGUUGACCUAUGCUUACUUGUCAACAACGUUGGUGUGAACAAUCCCUUCCCACAGUUUUUUACUGAUCACACUGAUGAGGUUGUCGAGGAUAUUAUCAACGUGAAUAUCCGUGCUAAUACAUUCAUCACCAAGGCCUUGCUCCCUCAAAUGGUCAAGAGGAAUAAUGGUGGAGCAGUGCUAUCUUUUGGAUCUAUGUUUGGCCCUCUUGGAGCCCCUAUGUUGGCACCUUAUAGUGCUAGUAAGGCAUAUGCUUACUCCUUCAGUUUAUCCUUAUAUGAAGAGUAUAGGGCUAAGGGCAUUGAUUUCCUCGCUGUUAAUCCUGGUUAUGUUAUGAGCAACAUGAGCAAGCUUAAGAAGGAGAGUUGGCUAAUUACCUCCCCCAUGACAUGUGCCGACACUGUACUCCGACAAUUGUCCUUCCCCGACCAGGCUGGCUACACUUGGACUGCCACCCAUUGGGCUCAUCAUCUACAGUAUUGGGCUGCAACUCGUCUAGUGCCCGAGCGCCUCAGAUUACAGCAGAUACAGAAGAUUCAUGUUAAGAUCAACAAGGCAGCGAUGAGGAAGAAGGCCCGUGAGGAGGCCGAGGCUGCCAAAACCCAGUAGACAACGCCUCCUCAUCACCCCUCGGCCAGCAGGGUAUUCGACUACUCACGGUGACCCUAGUUGAUGAUAAUCAGGCCAUUGGGGUUACAGUUGCUGGGAUCAUCUGUUUCCUCGACUUGCCAUAGUAGUUUCUACAUGAUGACGGUAGCUAGCGUCAUUGGGGUUGGAAGUUGGGUUGGCUUACAUCCA